AUCGCAGCCAGGAAUGGCGUCGCCGAUGAGCGUCGCGAAGCGCCGCUGGGAACCAGUAUUGCGCUCGAGCGUGCCGCCGUCGGUGGGCACGGCCACAGGAAGCAGGAGGUGACGGGGACGGCAGCAAAUCGACGACGCUGGCGCCCCGACAAGCCGGCACGACGGUGCUGGGUGUUUCGCCGUAAUCGUGACAUCGGUGCUUGUGGUGGUGCUCUUCUACUGCGCGCCACUGUCAACAACAACGCGGCUUGUGCGCGUGGCCGCAACCAUGUGUUGCCGCCUCCCGAGGCGACCGAUCAUCGCAUCGGCGUCGCCAACGCGCUCGUCAGCAGCGCAGGCCGAGGAGAGGCGCCCUAGAGGCUAUUUUUGAACCCCUCCAUGCGCCCGGAAAGCCCUGACCCACGCCAAUGGAUCUCAAGUCGGAGUCGGACUUUUACGUUGGCUGCCGGGCGCUCGCGCCCGUCGCUGCAUACUUUGGACUCAGUAUUGACAAGUUCAACUUCCUGUUCUGCCAAAUUGCGUUCCUGCUGUUCUCCUUCCCCUACCGACUGCUCCUGCAUCCGUCGAGGGUGUCCCCGACAACAAGGCACGCCGUGGCACUCACCGUCGGACUCGCCUUCGGUUAUUUCUGCUUCGGAUACCAAAUUCUUCACCUUGUUGCCCAAGCCACCCUCGUUUACAUGAUCAUCAAUUUCGCGAGUCCCGAAAGUAUGCACAAGAUUGCGCUGGCGGUUGGCAUGGGCUACUUGUCGGUCAUCCACCUGAUGCGGCAGACCUACGACUACGGGGGAUACCAUCUGGACGUGACCGGUCCGCUGAUGGUGGCCACGCAGAAGGUGACCAGCAUCGCUUUCAACCUGCACGACGGUCUCUCCGAGAAAAAGGACGUCAUUCUACACCCCGAGCAGAGAAGGCAGAUGAUCAGCCGGAUGCCGAGUCCUCUGGAGUUCUACAGCUACGUGCUGCACUACCACACGCUCAUGUGCGGACCGCUGGUGUUCUUCAACGACUACGUGGACUUCAUCCGGGGAAGGCAGUUCUUGAGGCACAGCGUCCGCACAGGGCUGCGGGGACACCCCAUGCCCGUUGUGGAGCCGUCACCAAAUUGGGCAACGCUAAAGAAGCUUUUCGUUAGCUUCAUGAGCGCCGUGAGCAUCGUUUACCUGCUUUCUGCCUACCCUAUCGAAUACAUAAAGCAGGAUGACUUCUUCGAGAAGAGCAGGUUGUGGCAGUUGCUGUACAUCAUCUGGGCCACUUCGUUACACCGGCAUCGGUACUACCACGCCUGGACUCUAGGUGAAGCAAUUUGUAAUGCUGCUGGCUUCGGAUUCAACGGCUACACAAGUGAUAACAAAGCGCGCUGGAACCUCAUCAGCAACGUGGACAUCGUCACGAUCGAGACAUCGACGAGUCUACGCGAGCUGCUGAUAGCGUGGAACAAGUCGACUCAGACGUGGCUUCGCACCGUGUCGUACGAGCGUGUGCGUCGGCACCGCACCCAGCUGACGUUCAUCCUGUCGGCCAUGUGGCACGGCUUCUACCCGGGCUACUACCUCACCUUCGGCACUGGAACGCUCUUCACGCUGGCUGCGCGAGCGGUGCGUCGUAGUGUGCGACCCCUGUUCCAGGGCAGCCGGGAGAGGCAAAAGUUGUACGACCUUAUCACCUGCUUGGCGACGCGCGUUGCCGUCGCCUACAUGGUGUUUCCGUUCCUUCUGCUAGACUUUCACUCCAGCGUCAGGGUUUACCGACACUUUGGAUUCGUGGGCCACCUGCUCUGCCUGCUGGCCAUGUACGUCCUGCCUCGGGUGCUGCCGCCUCCGCCGCGAUCACCGCCCCGGGGUUGGACGUCGCCCGCAACGGCGGAGAGGACGCCCGAGGGAACCACGUGUCCGAACAGCCCGUCGAACGAGAGGCAGCCGCACCUCAAGCACGAUUCCGAAGCACUGGUGCCAGACUUCGAGUCGGACGAAUCGCUUUCGGCCUAUACCUCGAACACUGACGUCGAAGCCAGGAGCUCUCAGACGUCGCUGGCCUCGGUAAACAGCCCGGCGGCGGCACCGCCGACCUCGACCCUUCCCGACUCGACCAAGUCGCAGCCACCUGGUGACGAUAAGAAGACCCAGUAGAGCUGCCGUAGCCGUGCACACGCUUGUUUUGUUUUCCCAAAAAAGCGCACAUGCCUUGUCGAGGGAAGAGGCCAGUGCGGCAUCCGAUAUGUAUACAAUGUGCGAAGUGUCGUCGAUUCUGAAAUUAGCCGUGCACUCGCUGCUCGUUUAAGUGUAACAAGGUCAACGGCGCCUGCGCCAACGGUGCGAACUCGGCUGGGCCCUUAUCGAUAGUCCAGGUGCAUAUUUCGUACGAGACUGUGUCGUCAUUUGUCUGCAGGCCUAUAUAUAUAUAUAUAUGGCGCACCAUUGUCGUAAUGUGUUAAGUAACGCCGGCGUGUCCGCUGUGGUCGUUGUUGAGGGGCCAGCGGCAUAACACGUUGGGCUAUACGCGAAAAAAAAAUGAUAUAUAGAUCGGGCUCAACAAAUUCGUGCUAAUAACUUGUGAUCUUAAUUAAUACGCGUACUGACAACAAAGCUGCGGCGAUAAUUCAUAGAUAAACGACGGAAUCGAACAGUCGUGCUCGGACCCUGUGAGUCAUUUUCCAAGGCUUUGUCAAACAGGUAACUCGCCGGCUAAAGUGUGUUUCGACGUCUCUUGACUGCUGUAUAACCAAGUUCCUAUGUGUCGCUUCUGCACACGGGCGCGCGUGUCACGCAAUCAUUUAAUAAUAUAUCUACAAUUUACGCGUGUAGCGCAUUGAAUGCCGUACUGUUUUCUUUCUCGCGAGGGGGCCUUCGUACUGUGCAACGAGUCAACGGCGUUAUUAGCUUGUGUGGCAUGCAUGUUUCUCUGGAUGCAACAAGUGUGUGAAUGUCGUCACCUUGAUCACGUUGCUGUGGAUGGACAUUCCAAGCGUUUUAACGUGUUCGUGGGGUGGUGUUCAUCAGGUGUGGAUUCGUGUGCGUGUUAUUUAACUCGUUUCUGAGGUCUUUCGCCGUGUAUUGAGCCUGCCUGUCGGUAGGCGUCACAAACGCGGGCGCACGGACAAGUUAUCGCGUGAAGAACCGCAUGAUCUGCGUCAGUCAGAGCUGACCACUCAACUUGGUCCGCAUGGCUCGCAUGUUUCGUGUUUUUUGUGCAGACCAUUUCCUGCAGGCUUCCACUACAAAUCUUGGUCUCACGUUCGUUGUACUUACACAAGAGAGCGGCAGUGGUGAUUCCUCUUUCCUCUGGGACACUGAUUGGAGAUGGCAUGCCUCGAACAAAUAGGUUAGCUCGCUGACUUUAUAAGAUUGGGUGAAAUACUGAGUGAAAAUUCCUUGAAAGGGUCUUUAGAACGAUGUCUGUUGAGGGUUCGAGUAAUCAUCGCUCGACACUGGAUAUCUACCUUGUAAGCGCGACAUUUCUGUGCGUACGUCAGAGUGAGCUGAAACGCGAUGGAUUGGACCUAUCGACAUGAGGCAACUUACGACAUCUUUUGCGCGACGACGGCAUCGCGCAGCUAAAGGUGGCGUGGUAAAAUGUCGUGCGCUGAAGGCUUCGUUUUCUGAUCUCUUUUGAUUGGUGCACGCUUGAAUAUGUUAAUCGUUGCACUGCACAUAUUUUUGUUUCGCUCAUUUACUGUGUGUAUGCCAAUAGUUGAGUGCAUGUUUUAUUCUUUCGCUUGGCUUCCUGCGCAUCGCCGCACUUAUCAUAUGGGACUUAUCAUACGGGGCGUUUUGUGGCAAAGGGGAAUCUUUUUUUUUUUUUUUUGCUUUGGCUUGAAAGGCAUGUUCAGUAUUUUUAAGGCUUAUAGUCCGGCAAGACCACCGUGUCAUGCUGAGGCAAACUUCACAUCAGGUUACUGCACGCAAAUUUGCUUUUCCACACAAAGGCGACGGUGAGAAUAAGCUCGCUUGCCGGAAGGUCAACGUGCAGGUCGUUGAUUCACCUUCAAGCUUUACUUCAGGACGCAAGAUGAACUGCCCAUGGUGGCGAUUGGACUGCAUGCUGUUCAGUGUGUCGACCGCGGCGGUCGACGGCGAGGUAUCUUGACACCAGAGCCUAGACCAGACCAUGACGCCGGACCAUGUGGUCACUAUGACGUCAAACGAUGACGCCAUCACAAGCCAGUCGCUUGGUCAAACGUGGGCCGAUCUCGGAGGCAGUGCUGCGAAACCACGUGAGGUGCAGAAAGGUGUGCGAUGCAUCCGAUCCUGGAGGCAGCGCGAAACAACGUUUGGUGCACAAAGCUUUCGCGGGAGGUAGGAUGGAUGAGUACAGUCGAGUGAGGAGAAGAAGAAGCAAAAGAAGGAGAUGGCUUUCGCCUUCGAGUCAUCUUAGGCGAAUGCAUAGGGGACCCUGUGACUUUCUGGUGCAGUUUCGCUUCCUGGUUUGUACAGUUUUUGCGUGUGGAAAACUCGAGCAGUCGCUCGGAUUCCUCGGCUUCGUCAGUUGAUAGGCAGGAACGGAGUGUCCCGUGUCACCGGAUUCGUUGCGUUCUUCCUGUUAAUAACGUUGUUGUACUUGAAUGUUUUACUGGCAGUUGAUGCUGUUCGGGUAUUGGAUGUAGUCACUACGUGAGUUGAACGUCGUGUGAGCAAGUUGUACUGCAUAGCGUUAUCGUUGUUGAAUAAACGUGAAGCAACCUGUAUGCUCUAAACGACGCGUGGAUAAACGGACCAUCUAUAGUUCUAUAGCAGCACACGCACCGCUGAGCGUUUAAUGUCUAAGUCGCGCCUGAUUGGUUUUUAAAUUAAUAUGCACCAAAUUGCACGAUCUAAACACAACAGUAGGAAAUAUUGUGAAAAUAAAAGCAGCCAGGCAGUUUUAUAAGCUUACUACCUUUUUUUUAAAACUUUAACAGAUUUCUCGCGAUACUGUGCCUUGAUCGUAUCGAAAGACCACGACACACAGUCGACUUUCGAGAGUACGAUGUAGAUCAAGAUGGUAACCCUAAUUGUCGCCUCUCUAUCCGCGAGUUAACUGUGGCCGCCGAUUUAAUUACAUUCAUAGCUUCCAUUGUGCAGGACAACAACGUGAAAAUGCACACGGCCCAGAAAUGUGCAUGAGGUCUUCGCUGCCGACGAUACGUUACAGGCUUCUGGACUUAUACACAACGAAAGGAUCACGUUGAAAUAUCGGGCCCUGCUUCAGUAUCGCCUCGUUCCGACUUAAGUCCCCAUAAGCUCUUCUCAAAUCGGGAUCACAUUUCCUUUGUUUCACUCUUCCAAAACGAGGUCCAAAUUUCCAGCUAGUCGCGUUAAGCCAUCCUCUUUAUGCCACCAUACUGAUUUCGCGCUUCCCUAUUAUCUCGUGUUUACACAACGCCGUGAAUACGAGAAGGCAGUAAUACCUAUUAAGAGCUUAAGACCGGCGCGAUCUGAAUGCACAUCUGAAGGAAAAAAUUGUAGCGCAAAGCAACACACAGACAGACAGACGGACAGACAGAGACGACGGGACUGGCGCCAACUUCCAACAGUUGGAAGGUAGCGCCAGUCCCAUCCUCUCUGUCUGUCCGUGUGUUGCUUCGCGCUUCA